AUGUUCAAGAUCAUGGAACUGAUGGAGAUGCCAGAGAUGACAGUAUACUGGAGUAUGGUUCGUGGUGGUGAUCGAGCCAGGGCGAUAGAUGGACAUUGGGAGCGACUUGUCGAGUACAUGAUGAACAAUGAAGUUGACCAAUGUAGAUGUUGUGGACCAAGGAAACGUCGUGGAGAGGAUUAUGAUCACGUGUACAUGUGGUCGUACAGAGACACGUGCUUUAUGUACGAGUUCAAGGAUGAUGACUACUGUAAGAAGAGUGUGGCACAUUACGCACCCAACACUAGAAUAUCGGACAUUGUAACCCGCGAGGAUGACAUGACAUCAAAGGAGCUCACUUGGUGGCAUCACUCACAGAUGGGUGCACCAGCCUUUGAUCGGGUCAAUGGAUACUUCCCAUCGACUGACGUCUGCCCAGGUUGGUACGUCGUACUCGAGAGCGAAAGCAAACGCAAGCUCAGGAAGAGGAUCUUGGACAAGGUGACAGGGAGGACAUACUUUGGUCGUGGUAAUGGUUCAGUGCAGGCGGAUGAUGACCUCGACUACGAUAUGCUUGAUGGGUUCGAGUGA